GGCGGGGCGAUGAAGCUGAGCCGGCAGUUCACCGUCUUCGGCAGCGCGAUCUUCUGCGUGGUGAUCUUCUCGCUCUACUUGAUGCUGGAUCGGGGCCACCUGGACCACCCCAAGAGCCACCACCGGGAGAGCUCCUUCCCCCAGGGUCAGCUUUCAAUACUGCAAGAGAAAAUAGACCACUUGGAGCGCUUACUAGCAGAAAAUAAUGAAAUUAUUUCAAAUAUAAGAGAUUCAGUGAUUAAUCUGAGUGAAUCUGUCAAGGAUGGACAACGUACCCCAGGAGUUAUAAACUUCAGUCAAGGAAAUUUCUCAGAGCUAUCACCUCUAGCCUCCAUGUACCUCUCAGUAGAUCCUGAAGAUUGCCAAUUUGCUUUAUUAAGUGGAAGCCACACUUCAGAUGUACAGAUACCAGAAGUCUAUGAUAUUCUUCCUUUUGAUAAUCGAGAUGGUGGAGUUUGGAAACAAGGAUUUGACAUUACCUAUGAUGAACAUGAAUGGGACAAUGAACCUCUUCAAGUUUUUGUUUUGCCCCACUCACAUAAUGAUCCAGGUUGGCUGAAGACAUUUGAUGACUAUUUCAGAGAUCAGACACAGCAUAUUCUCAAUAACAUGGUUAUAAAGCUGCAAGAAAACAAAGGGAGGAAAUUUAUGUGGUCUGAAAUCUCGUAUUUCUCAAAGUGGUGGGAUGGAAUAGAUAGCCAAAAGAAGGAUGCUGUGAAAAGGUUAAUAGAAGAUGGACAGUUUGAAAUAGUAACAGGAGGAUGGGUCAUGCCUGAUGAAGCUUCUCCCCAUUAUUUUGCUUUGAUUGACCAGAUGAUAGAAGGACACCAGUGGCUAGAGAAGGCACUAGGAGUAAAACCAAAGUCUGGAUGGGCAAUUGAUCCAUUUGGGCAUUCACCAACUAUGGCUUAUCUUCUGAAACGUGCUGGAUUUUCCAAUAUGCUUAUACAGAGGGUCCAUUAUUCAGUUAAAAAGUAUUUUGCAACCCAGAAGACACUAGAAUUUUUUUGGAGACAAAAUUGGGAUAUGGGCUCCAGUACAGAUGUUCUCUGCCACAUGAUGCCUUUUUAUAGCUAUGAUGUUCCUCAUACUUGUGGACCAGAUCCUAAAAUUUGCUGCCAGUUUGAUUUUAAGCGUUUACCUGGUGGCAGAGUCAACUGCCCCUGGAGAGUUCCUCCUGAAGCCAUUCAUCCUGGAAACAUUCAGCACAGGGCAUGGAUGAUUUUAGAUCAGUACAGAAAGAAAUCAAAACUCUUCCGUACCAAAGUUUUGUUGGUUCCAUUAGGAGAUGAUUUCCGCUACACUGAAAGUACUGAAUGGGAUCAACAGUACCAGAAUUAUCAGAAGCUUUUUGACUAUAUGAAUUCUCAUCCUGAGCUGCAUGUUAAGGCUCAGUUUGGGACUUUAUCAGAUUACUUUGAGGCAGUACACAAAGCUGGGAGUUUGGAUGAAAAGAAAGGCAAUUCAGUGUUUCCUGUUUUGAGUGGUGAUUUCUUCACAUAUGCAGACAGAGACCACCACUACUGGAGUGGAUAUUUUACAUCACGGCCUUUCUACAAACGACUGGAUAGGAUUUUAGAAUCAUACUUAAGGGCUGCCGAAAUACUUUACUCUUUGGCCUUGGUACAGUCCAAAAAAAACGAGAACAUGAAAGCAUUCCCUUCAGUGGAGCACUACAAAUUGCUGACAGAGGCUAGGAGAAACCUUGGACUGUUUCAACAUCAUGAUGCUAUCACAGGAACAUCUAAAGACUGGGUUGUUGUGGAUUAUGGAACCAGGCUUUUCCAUUCAUUAAUGAACUUGAAAAAAAUCAUCAUUGAUUCCGCCCACAUUCUUAUUCUAAAGGACCAAGAAAUGUAUAGUUACAACCCAUCAACUCCAUUCUUCACAAUGGAUGAUGUUCAGUCUUCACAAGACUCUUUACCACACAAGACUGUCAUAGAACUGAAUAUGCAGCCAAGGUACCUUGUGAUCUAUAACCCUACAGCACAAGAGCGUUUCUCAGUGGUUUCAGUGUUUGUGAACACACCCAAAGUUAAAGUUCUCUGUCCUUAUGGAAAACCAGUAGUAAUCCAAUGCAGUGCAGUGUGGGAUGGAUCUGCUAGUAUAUCGCAUGAAGCAUACCAGAUCUCUUUUAUGGCUCAUGUACCACCUCUGGGCUUUGGAGUUUACCAGCUUCUGGAGGGACUAAAUACAGAAACCAUGUUGGCAGAUUAUAACCUCUAUCACACGGAUAAAUCUAAACUAGUCAAGCCCCACAGAAUUUUCAACAUUAAAGAGAUACCGAAUGCUUUGGAUGAAAUCAUGCUAGAGAACUCUUAUAUGAAAGUCUGGUUCUCUGGCAGUUCUGGGCUUCUGGAGAAAAUAAAUACAAAAGAAGAUAAUAAAAAUCAUCGUAUAAAGAUGGAGUUUGUUUGGUAUGGAACUACAAGUAACAGAGAUAAGAGUGGAGCUUAUCUCUUUUUGCCGGAUGGAGAGGCCAAGCCGUAUGUCUUUACUGAUCCACCUGCCAUACGAGUUACACAUGGGGAGAUUUUUUCUGAAGUUACCACUUUUUUCCUUCAUGUGACUCACACAGUACGACUUUAUAAAGUUCAGGGGCUAGAAGGCCAGUCUCUGGAAAUAUUCAAUAUUGUGGAUAUAAGAGGAGAAUACAAUCGAGAGAUUGCAAUGAGAAUUUCAUCUGAUAUCGAAACCAACAAUAGAUUUUACUCAGAUCUCAAUGGAUAUCAGAUUCAGCCUAGGCAGACAAUGAGCAAAUUGCCUCUUCAAGCAAAUAUUUAUCCAAUGACCACAAUGGCUUACAUCCAGGAUGCCAGGGCUCGUCUGACGCUUCAUUCUGCUCAGUCUCUUGGAGUUGCAAGUUUGAAAAGUGGUCAAUUAGAAGUCAUAAUGGAUCGGCGACUUAUGCAAGAUGAUAAUAGAGGCUUAGGACAAGGUGUACAAGACAACAAAAUCACGGCUAACCUGUUUCGACUUCUGUUGGAAAAAAGGAAUGGAGUAGACUCGAAAGAAGAAAAGUCAUCAGUCAGCUAUCCUUCCCUUCUUAGUCACAUAACAUCAUCUUUCAUGAAUCAUCCUGUGAUUCCGAUGGUUACCUAUGCAGGUGCAGGUAUUCCACCAAUUUUGAAUACCUAUUCUCCAAUAACUUCAUCCGUGCCCUGUGAUAUACAUGUAGUUAACCUGAGGACCAUACAGUCUAAGGCUAGUCCAGGGCCAUCUGAUGAAGCCGCCCUAAUCCUUCACAGGAAGGGAUUUGAUUGUAGAUUUGCAAACACAGACCUGGGGCUUGUCUGCUCUACAACUCAGGGAAAGCUGAAAGUGCACAAACUCUUCAAGUUCCAUGUGGAAAGUCUUACACCUACAUCUUUAUCUUUGAUGCAUUCACCUCCAGAUGCCAGAAACAUGAGUGAAAUCAGUAUGAGUUCUAUGGAGAUAAACACAUACAGAAUUCAGCUGAGAUGAAGCCUGGCUUUAGAACUCAGAAACUAAAAAGUAAUCUGCAGCUUUUGUCUUCUCAAAGAUUGGUGUGCAAUAAGAAGCACAUUUUUAUUCCAGCUUCUGGAUACUGUGACAGUACAUGCAUUCUAGAAUUUAUUUGGUACAACACAGUAAAAAGCCAUGAUGCAAGAAACUCUUUUCUCUCUAAUAAAACCACCAACGUCAGUAUAAAAAUGCAAUGAGUGAGG